CGGUAACGCCGAAAAGUGUGCUGGAAGAAUUUUUUAAUGCAUAAAGCUAUUUGGAUAAAUUUUUGUUAUGAUGAGUGGAUUGUGGACAGUGAGCGAUAUUCCGUUGCCGGAUGAUUUAAUUGAACAGCUUGGGAGUGAUGAGAAUGUGGAAUCUGUGGUGAAAAUGUCUGUCCAGAGUAAUAGCGAAGUGAAAAUUGCUGAGAAUAUGGUGACAAAGGAUGAGAAAACGUAACAAAAUGGCUGUCGGGUUCAUGGCCGUUGCAGCCAUUCGAUGAAAAUCUACCUCUCAACAAACGUAAAGCAGAGUGGGUUCGUUUUCGGAACCAGUUUGAGCGCAUCGUUGCCUGUAAAGAACCAGUUGGAGCUGCUAUGCGUUUGACCGGAUUAAAGAUCUUCGCCGGUAAUUAUUUACUGAGCGUGAUCGAAACUCAGGAGCUUCUGUGUGCCGAUGCAGGGAACAUCUACAGUGCAACGAUAUCAGCACUAAACAGGUAUUUUGAUCAAACGUGCGAUUAUACGAAAGAAAGAAUGAAGUUCCGUGAAAUGAGAAUGACUGCAUCCGAGCCAUUUGUUGAUUGGGUAUUGCGAUUGGAGAAUCAAGCAAAGUUUUGCGAAUUUGAGGCAGAACAGCGUAAAGAGGAAUUUAUUCAGGCACUGGUCAGACGUUCUGUACCAGCAAUCGCAUCAAAGCUUUAUGAAAUGAGUAAUAUAUUUAACAAUGAUCUGGAACGUAUUAUGGCCCAUGGUAGACAUCUUGACUAUAUUCGGAUGGAUACAGAAGAGGGACAUCAAGCUAUAAAGGUGGACGAUAGAAAUAUUGCUGAGGAAGUAGGUGAAGGCUGUGUGGUGAAACCAGUAAGCGCUGUAUUCGAUCGGAAAUCUGAACUUGGUCCAAUGCACUAUAAUUCGCGGUGUGGAGUAGGUAUGCAGAGAGACAGGGGAAUGUUUGACAGGAAUAAUCGGUACCGGGGCGCAAGGUUCUCGAACAAUGCGGGCCGCUACAAUGGCUUAAAUAAAUAUUGUUCAAAAUGCGGAAGACUUCAUGGCCCUAAGGAAUGCCGGGCCCAUCGUGUAAAAUGCUACAGCUGUGGAAGAGAAGGGCAUUUUUCCGAGUUUUGUUUCUCGAAAAGCGAAGAUUCAGCUAGAAGCCGGCAAAGCUGGUCUGAUAGAGAUGCAUCGAUCAAGACGGAAGCUCGAAAAAUAAAUCAGGUAAAGUAAUCACGUUUAACUAAAAUUGUUCGGCAUACAUUGAAUGAUUACAAUAAUAAAUAAAUAAAAAGCUUAUUUUGUUUAUAAUAUUUUAACUAUUUUUUUUCUGGUAUUUAUGAUCAAUUCAUAAAGUUGAUAACUGGCACCAAAUCAACUGGUACACAGAAUUACAAAGAUUCCAGAUUUGUCGAUUGUAAGAUCGGAAACGAAGUGUUUCAAUUCUUGGUUGAUACUGGCGCUACUGUUAACACCAUAACGGUUAAUGGAUGGCAGAAGAUCAAGCGUAAUUGUCGAUCGGUGAUACAGGAUUUUGUUCUCCAUCCAGAAGAAAUUUUACGGAGCUAUGGGAAUGAACGACCGCUUGAAGUGGAGUGCUCAUUUAAAGCAUUCAUUGGUGUGAGUAAUCAUCCGUUGCAGUUGGCCAAAUUUUUUGUGGUUAAGGGAACUGAUUUAUCGCUGCUCAGUUACGAAACAGGGCGAUUGUUGGACUUGGUUCACAUUGGCCCAAAAGAUCCGAGUGGAUCCAAAACUCUUUGUUUGCCAUA